UCGAUACUACACUUCAUGCCGUUUGCUAUUUGUAGACGCUUAUUUUGUGCCGUUAAUUCAGUUAAUUUGAAUGAUGGAUACUCUUCUACUUUUUUGUUGUGAUAUAUAUACGACCGGUUUUGAUCUGACCGGUUAUUAAAAUUCUGAUAACCGGUUUGUUUCGAGAAUAUAAUGCAUGCCGUUUGCUAUUUUUGGACACUUACUUUAUGCCGUUCUUAAUUAAAGUUGACUUUUUCUCAAAAACUACAAGGCGUUAAAAGAAACAUAUACAUGUACACUUGGAUUUGAUCUGACCGGUUAUCAAAAUCCUGAUAACCGGAUUAGUUCGGGACUAGACAACAUGCCGUUUGCUAGUUUUCGACACUUACUUUCUGCCGUUUUAAGUUAAGUUGACUUUCUAAAAAACUACAAGGCGUUAAAGGAAACAUUCUCUUCUCUUCUCUCCCUCUCCUCGCCGGAGAGAAUAAAGUAUAAAUACAAACUUUUCUAAUUCAACGCAGCACAAAAGUCUCCUCUUGUCUCUCUUCCUCUCUCACCAUGGCAGCUUUUCUCGCGAGACGGCUUCUCGGCACUUCAACGUCUUCCUCCUCAGCGCUCAUUUCCGCUGCCAGAGCCUUCUCCUCCUCCACCACUCCGAUCAAAGCAACCCUCUUCCCCGGCGACGGGAUCGGUCCCGAGAUCGCCGAAUCCGUCAAACAGGUUCCUUUUCCCAAUCCCCAUCAUGGGUUCGUCGCUAAAGUUGAUAAAGUUUGCUCCUUUAUGGUGGUGAUCCAGGUGUUUACUGCUGCUGACGUGGCAAUUGAUUGGGACGAGCACUAUGUCAGCACCGAAGUAGAUCCGAGAACCAAUAGCUUCUUGACGUGGGAGAGUCUACAGUCCGUGCUUGAUAACAAGGUUGGCUUGAAAGGACCUAUGGCUACUCCCAUUGGGAAGGGUCACCGUUCCUUGAACCUUACUCUUAGGAAGGAGCUGAAUCUGUACGCUAAUGUUAGGCCGUGUUACAGCCUUCCCGGGUAUAAGACCCGUUAUGAUGACGUUGAUCUUAUUACUAUUCGUGAAAACACUGAAGGAGAGUACAGUGGGCUUGAGCAUCAGGUGGUUAAGGGUGUGGUGGAGAGUAUUAAGAUUAUUACACGUAAGGCGAGUAUGAGAGUUGCGGAGUAUGCUUUUCUCUAUGCCAAGACUCACGGAAGGAAGAAAGUUUCUGCUAUUCAUAAAGCCAACAUUAUGCAGAAAACUGAUGGUCUUUUCCUUCAGUGCUGUGAUGAGGUAGCUGAGAAGUAUCCUGAGAUAGAAUACGAGAAGGUUGUUAUUGACAACUGCUGUAUGAUGCUUGUGAAAAACCCAGCACUUUUUGAUGUGUUGGUGAUGCCAAAUCUCUAUGGAGAUAUUAUCAGCGAUUUGUGUGCUGGACUAGUUGGGGGACUAGGACUGACUCCAAGUUGUAAUAUCGGGGAGGAUGGUAUUGCCCUUGCUGAAGCUGUGCACGGGUCUGCACCAGAUAUUGCCGGAAAGAACUUGGCGAACCCGACAGCUUUGCUUCUGAGUGGAGUGAUGAUGUUGCGGCAUCUGAAGCUCAACAAACAAGCAGAGCAAAUUCAUAGCGCCAUCAUCAACACAAUAGCGGAGGGGAAGUAUAGAACCGCUGAUCUCGGAGGUACCUCAACCACAACAGAGUUCACAAAAGCCAUCUGUGAUCAUCUCUAAACAUCCAUUCUUUCUCUACUUAUUCAUUUUCCAUUGGACCUUUCCUUGAGGAUUUACACUCCAGAUAUUCUUGCUCACGUUUUUUUUUAUCUCUCUCUCCUUCUGAUCAUCUUCUUAUGAGAAGAAACAAAGCCACCAUUGGCAUUUCUCAUGUGUUUUCUUUUAUUGUUUUACGUUUUGAGCUCUUGCACAGCUAUUUACUUCUGCCUAAAGGGGUAACAUUUCAUUACACAGAAAGGAUAUAGACAGUUGUGUUUCAAGAAAUUGUAUACCAGUCACUAGUAUCUUAAUUACUUACUAGAGUUUGAUCCGCACGUGCCUGCGUUUGUUUUAAUUUUUUGUGUUGUAAUUUUAUGUUCUUACAACAUGAUAUACUAUAUAUUUAUUAAUUUGAGCACAAAGUUCUAUGUUAUUAUGACAUUUGAAUAUUGUCAUUUUAUAUUCUGUAUAUUGACUAAAUAUAAUUUUUAUACUUAAUCGUCUUUAUAAAAAAAUUAACACAAUUGAAAUAAUGUCAUAGAAACAACUAUGAGUUUGUAGUUUUUUUUAAAUAUUAUACAUUACGUUUGAUUUAUGUAAAAUAAUAUAUUUAUUUUUCAUUAUGUCCAAAAUUUAACAUAUAUAAUAUAGGAUUAAAAUUUGAAAUAAAAAUGAACAUUACAAUAUAAUUGAAUUAAUCUUUAAUUAUUUGUGGGCUUUUGUUUUCAUUUAUGACUAAACCCACACAUGUUAACCAGGCAUAUCACGUUUGCUUGCUUUAAUAUAUAGAACACUAGGAUGAGACCUACGAUUUGCGCAUGAUGAAAUAUUAUAAAAUUAUGUACCACUAAUUGUAGAAAAACAUAAUUUACAUUACAUCAGUUUGUUUAAAAAUAAUCAGUGAAACAUAACGUCAUUAAAAAUAAUCACUAUAACAUUAUUUGUUACACCUUUGGUUAAAUGAUUUGUCUACAUGUCUUCGUUGAACUUUUGAAGUCAUAUGGUAAUUAGGAAUUAUAACCAUAUAACAUUAAACACGACUUAUUCAACAAUUAUGCGAUUACGGAAGAAAGGCUUACAAGAGUUUUUCAACAUGGUGCAAGUAAAUCCGGUCAGACGUGAUCUUCAUAGGACGGCUCAAAUGAAGCAGUUAGGCGUAGAUCCUCAUAAGACAUGUAGUAUUGUCGGUAAUCGAAUCGUCUUUGUAAUCUUUCUCAUAAUUGUAAUAUCUAAAUAAAUCCCCGACAAAAA